AUGUCUCCCCCGGUCCUCCUCAUCCUCGGCGCAGGCUCCCGCGUCGGCGCCAGCAUCGCAAAGCACUUCUCCAGCGCAGGCUACUCCAUCGCCCUAGUCAGCCGCUCCGCUCCCUCCCCGCCGGCCGUCGACCCGUCGACCUCCUUCCUGCGCGUCCGCGCGGACCUGAGUGUGCCGGCGCAGGUCUCCGCCGCGUUCGCCGCCGUGCGGGCCCACUUCGGCGGCGCGGCGCCGCGGGUGGUGGUCUACAACGCGGCGACGGUCUCGCAGCCGCCUGACGCGGAGAACCUGCUGAGCCUCGAUAUAGGGACGGUCGAGGGCGAUCUGAGGGUGAACGCGCUGGGUGCAUAUGUGGCGGCGCAGGAGGCCGUGAAGGGGUGGACGGAGGCAGGGGAGGGGAGGGGCCGGUUUAUUAUGACGGGGAACCAUUUGAAUACGGGACCGUUGCCUGUUCCGUUUCUUUUGACGCUCGGGAUUGGGAAGAGCGCGGCGUGGUAUUGGGUUGGGGCUGCUGAUGGGUUUUUCAAGGGGAAGGGAUGGAGGUUCUUCUAUGCUGAUGAGAGGAAGGAGGAUGGAAGCGGGGCGGGCGGGGAUCUCGGGGCUGAAUCUCAUGGCAAGUUCUAUCUGGAGCUUGCCGACGGGGAUGUCGCGGCUUUGCCUUCUGAUGUCACUUUUGUUGAUGGCGAGUACAAGAAGUUCUGA